AUGAGUCUUUUUACGAGUCCACCUCCUGUUGUCAAACGACUAAUAAGCUACAUUAAGGAAGGGUCAGAUAAAGAGGAAAAGUGGAAAGAAAAAGCCGUCAAGUCACUAGUUAAACGAUUGAAGAAUGGCACGCAGCUGGAUGAACUCGAACGUGCUCUGGUUAGUCAAGAUCCAUCCACUCGAUGUGUUACAAUACCACGUUCAUUGGAUGGACGCCUUCAAGUAGCUCAGAAAAAAGGUUUGCCACACGUUUUUUACUGUCAACUUUGGCGUUGGCCAGAUCUACAUACUCAACAUGAGUUACGCCCUAUCGCUACUUGUGAAUAUUCCUUCCAGUCCAAGCGUGACGAAGUUUGUAUAAACCCUUAUCACUAUAGGAGAAUCGAAAAUCCAGUUCUUCCACCAAUUAUGGUUCCACGUACGGUUAAUAAUGGUACCUCCGGAAAUAAUAAUGAUAGUGUACAUCGUGGUAUGACGGAGCCUUCUGAACGGUAUGGCAGAGGGUCGUGUUUCGGGUCGCACCAUUCUCGGUAUUCUUCGAUGCAUAGUCAGUAUCAACAUGGUCUUCAACAACAGCAACAGCAACACCAUUUGAACGCUUUGCAAGCUCAUCAUGCUUCCGUUACCGGAUUAAAUGAUUCUAUGAUGGUUGGAGAUGAUUGUGGUUCAGAACCGAAUAGCUUAGCUGCCUUAUUAGCGCCUCCAUCUAAACAACCCAGACAACAUCUUGCCACAGAUGCUGUGACAGCUGCUGCUCUAGCCAGAGGCGAUGCACUCGAUGCAUAUUCUAUAGCCAGUAGAGCGAUGGCUAGUCUAGAAAAUGCCGGUGUUAUUAGUGGCACACAUCCACCAUGUGUUAGCUUGCGAGAGGCUGCAGAAAAUAUGACGCUUGGUGGAACACCUAAUAUUGUUGGAACGCCUCCUGCCCCACCUCAUACCGGUAGCUAUCAGUCAUCCCUUAUGAAUGUGGUCUCUAGUUUAAGUGGUGACGGCCGGGAUUUUGCUCGCAGUUUAGGUGUGGUUAAUAACAUGCAUAAUGCUACGACGAGGUCGCUCAGUUUAAGUGAUUAUUCACUCUCCGGUUCCGUCUGUCAAGAGGAUCGUUCCAUUGAUUCCCAGUGUCAUGGUCAGAAUGCAGAUACCUUAGGCACAAGUUUUAUCGGUCAGUCCUCUUCAGUCUCCUCCUCAUCGACAACAACUCAUAAAGCUUCAAGUGUUGCCGGUGCUGGACCGUCUGUAAACUCUCCUGGUACACUCUCAUCAGUGGAAGAAAACUGUAUUAGCGAGGAUGAUAAUAUGGAUCUGGAUAUGCUAAGCGACGUUCUUAUUGACGGUAAUGAAAUGACUUCAGUUGCUUAUCAAGAGCCUGAAUAUUGGUGUUCACUGUAUUAUUAUGAAAUGAAUACACGAGUUGGUGACACAUUUCAUUGUUCCAGUCCCUGCUUAACUGUUGAUGGUUUCACAGAUCCCAACAGACAUAAUCGCUUCUGCUUGGGUUUAUUAUCCAAUGUGAACAGAGGACAUCAAAUUGAAUUGACAAGAAGACAUAUUGGUAAAGGGGUUAAACUAUAUUACAUUGGCGGUGAAGUGUUCGCAGAAUGCUUGAGUGAUAGUGCUAUAUUUGUACAAUCUCCAAAUUGCAAUUAUAUGUAUAAAUGGCAUCCAGCAACUGUAUGUAAAAUUCCUCCAGGAUGUAAUUUAAAAAUUUUCAAUAAUCAAGAAUUUGCUAAUUUGCUAACAGAAAAUGUAACUAAAGGUUUUGAAGCUGUUUACUCACUGACAAAUAUGUGUACAAUACGAAUGAGUUUUGUCAAAGGAUGGGGUGCUGAUUACCGUCGACAAACCGUGACAAGCACUCCAUGCUGGAUUGAAAUUCAUUUGAAUGGACCAUUACAGUGGCUUGAUCGUGUCCUCAGCCAGAUGGGUUCUCCAGACCAUCCUUGUACAUCUGUAAGCUGA